UGCUUUCUCAAGCUCAGUUUUAUUACAGAAUUGAUAAGUAAUGAAAACUAAGUGACAUUACUCUUGCUUCUUCUGUUCUUUUGUUUCUGCAGUCCAGACUCCCUAGCUAUAAGGUCACAAAGACUUUUAGCUCAACAUGGAGAACAGGUGAAAUGUUUAUUUCUUUUUCUUUGAGAAAUUUGCACUUAACAGAAGGCAUCUUGAAAGUGUGUAAGAGCUCAUUCUUUAAGAUGAGAGAGGCCAAUGUACUGUCUUUCUCAUUCCUAAUCCUCUUUAGUAAUCCUAAUCCAUUUCAGACCUGUAACCUUUCUUAAGCAUCACAUGAGAGAAGAUUCUUAAGGCUGCUCAGAACAACUGUGCAGUAAGUAAAUCGAAGGAUCUGCACUCCCUGCAGAACAGCACAUGUGUUUUAUUGUGCAGCUCUUGAAGGCAAUGGCAGUUUCUGCUGCAUGCCUAAGGGAACAUCUUACUUCAUUAUUUAGAUCUCCAAGGAGGAGUUUAUGAAUCUGUAACCAAGUAAAUCAGAAAUUAUUGAUCACUUUGUUACUGAAUGGUGAUUAUAUAAGCAGGAGAAAAAAAAAAGUGGAGAGCAAGCUUCUUUUGUGUAUAUUUUAGUAAGUCCUUAAGAUAGCUAUUGGUGGCAAGGUAAGUUUUAUUUUUCUUUUCUCUGUAACAGUGUUUUGUGUUCAGAAGUAGUCACUUGGCACCCGUAGUUUGAGGUGAAAUGUCCUUUUUAUAUGUCAAGCUGUGUAAAUCUAUGGUUGGGACUUUCUAAGUUCUCUUUUUUGGCAUUGCUGUAACUGUGCAGAUGCAGAGUUCAGUGCAUGUAUAAAAUAAACCAAGUUUCACCAUCUUGUUUCCAGCUACAAGCAGUGCUGAGUGUGAUGUACACGUGGGACGUGAGUAUUUAAUCUAGGAGGGAAAGGAAGGAUCAUCACUUUCUCUAGCGCUAGUGAGCGUUUUUAUUCUUGUGGAAAUUAUUUGAAUUUAUUUCGUUGGUGGCUUCUAAGUGUCACGUUGUUGUUUUUCUACUAGUGGAACUUAAAUUUUGUUUCACAUCUCUCUUUCGCUGUUUCCUUCCUAGUAAACUUUCAGUGAGUGCAUUUUGUUGUCUUAUUGCCUUCCAGAUUCUGUUCGUCUCUUCCCUAAGUUGUCUAAAUGUCUGUAAAAUGUGCAAGUGGGGACUCAGUUGUGCACGUGAUAUGGAAAAUGUGUUGUCUUAGUCAGCAAAUGUGUUGCUUUGAUGUCAGCUCCAUGUGCUGGAGCAGCCUAUUGUUCCUUACCGGGAGGCAUUUGAUUCACAGGGGUGGAGCCCCAGAUCCUGCACAGAUCUGUAAUCUGGACAAGUUCAGUAAUGUUACAGUGCAUAGAAUUUGAUUCAAAAUGAUGCCACUUGCUUUGGUUUUGAAAUGAUUAAAUUAAUACUUGCAGUAAACCCAGAAAUUUACUUAGGCUUUUGCUGUUGCUGUUUUGGACUGGUAAUUUGUUUGCAUGUUUUGUUUGUUUGUGGGUUUUUUUUGUAGAUUUUUCUUUAAUUGAGACACAUGGAUUUAUGCACGUUUUCCUUUAUUAGCUUUUCUGUGUUAUUAGAUCAUAAGGUAGUAUUAAACAAGUCAGCAGCUUGUGUUGCAAAAUCAAAUAUAUUAUCCCAUGGCUUGGGAAAUGCACGUGGUUUACAGCUGUUAGAUGUUUCUCCUGCCUUUCCAGUGCUGACUCUGGUGAACAGGAAAAGGGCAUCUCCUCUCAGUGUCUGAUCUUCUGCUGAGGCACUGAGCUUUGCUGUUCUGUUAGUUGUCUAUAUCCACGUGGAGCUUUUCAGUCCAUGCAUUUUUUGGUGUUUUAGUUCUGUCCUUGUGUAAGUGCAUACAUGAGGGCUCAUCACCUGCUUUACUUAGCAUAUGUUUGGUAGAGGAUGCUCUAUGCAGCACUGCAUCCCAGGGGAGAGUCACAAGCUGAAGCCAUAUGAAUGUAUUGCAGCUUCUCAAAACAAGUGCAGAAAGCCUGUUUCAGAAGACUCCUGAGUGCGCCAGAGAAAAUCUCAGCAUCUCUGCAGGAGGGGAACAAUGGGAAGAACAAGACAAGGAAUAGGGAGCCAGCUGUUUCACAUAUGCAUCAUUUUAUCUCAAAUAUAUAUGCAGCCUAUAUUUGAGGCAGUGCCACUGUUAUUGGUUCUUUCAGGCUGCAUUUUAUGGGCUACCUUUUCUUUGAAACAGGGUUUUAGGUAUAGGAGGGGUAUAUAUAACUGUGGGGUGGAUUAGGAAGGAUCAGAGGUGCUGAGUAGUUGGGUUGGCUCCAUUUCUUCCUUACUCUUCCUACCCUUGAAGCAGGUUUCAUUCCUUUGGAUUCUUUGAUUUCUUGCUUUGCACUCCUUUGCUCAGGCUGGGGCACUCAGAAGAAUCUGAAGCAACAAAGUUAAAGUUGCUGGCUCCAGGAAUGGCUUGAGAGAGACCUUUUAAAUAAAUAAGAGAAGUAGGUAGGAGAACUCUGCAGGUGCUCCUAACACUCGAUCAUCCCUCCAUUUGGAUGGCCGGAACUCAUCCUUAAAGUACGGCUGUGCAAAUAGCAAAUGGUUGAGUUGGUUGUCUUGUUUCGCUGGAAGCAGGGAAAAGAGUUUUAUUUUGUGUCUCCAAAAGUGAUCUCAUACCCAAGGUCAUAUUUUAUCAGAACAAAUAGGCAGUACCCCUGAACGUGUUGUAGGUGCCUAUUUCUGUACUUGAGCGCUUACUUAAAAUACAUUCGUUUUUGUUUUUUUUUUUUAAACUGAUCUGACAGUGUUCUAGCUCCUGAAAAAGGAAUUUUUCUCAUGCUGGUAUUUUUAAAGGUAUCUUUAAAGCAUCCAGCUUCCUUUGAGUCUGGUAGCGUCAGGUUCCUGAGAUGGAGCUUGGCACACAGCUUGUGUUGACCUGUGCUGCGGAGGAACAGCUGGCCACACUAGCUGUGUUUCAGGGCUUUUUCUUGGAACUGGCCUGAAUCUGCUCCUGUGAACUAACUGCUCCCAUUUAGUAGCCAGAGCAUGUCCUCUGGUGUCAUUUCAUCUAAAAGGGACCUGUGCUGUGCUAUUUCAGACCGCUCUGCCAUGUAUACCAGAAUGCAGUGAGUGGAGAUGGUUGGAGAUGUCUGUUUCUAGCGCAAAUCGUUCAUACUGUUGUUUCUCUGGAUAGCUCAUAAUUACUGAAAUCUUCAGAUAUGUCUCUUUGCAAAGACACUUUUGUUUGAAUAUCCAUAUGGGAAUUCUAAGUCUACAUGUAGAAAUUCUGUGCUUGAAAAUCUGUUUUUCCUGAAAUGGGAUGUCUCAUAUAGGAGGUGACGAGUAAGAGCCUUAAUUGCUAGAGCUUUGGAUUUUUUUUGUGUGUGCAGUUGUCCUCUUAAGUAGUUAAUAAUCUGAAAAGCUGUCCGAGUAACUGCGUUAUGGAACAUAAAUGCCAUCAAGCACCAGAUGUAUUUGGGCAUAAUUUGCAGUGAUUUCAGGCCAUUUAUGGCACUGAUAAUAAAUAAUGGUGUUAGAGUAGAAGUAGAGUGAGUGGUAUUUUGUUAGGAACAUUGUAAAGUAUUCUCCUGUUGCAUCAUCUGUACAGCGUGAAGAUGGCGUUGUGCAGUUCAGCAUUUUGGGCAGGACAGAGAACUUAAGCACUUUAUCCAUCUAGAAACUUUCUGUGCUGACAUUUAGUUCAGUAUGGAUCGUUUCCCUGAGCAAAGAGUGCACGCAUACCUUACACAACACCGGAUGUGUUCCUUCAAUUAGCGUUUCUGCCGAUCUGUAGCUAUUUUGAGAGGAAAGAUGUGGGCUAGGUAGAAAGAGAAUGACGUAGGCAAAAGGGCUGCUGGAAGUAAGAAAAGGAGAAGGGAUUUUCCCUCCGCUAGUGGGAAGAAGUGCCUCUGCAGUCCCACUGCUCUGACCCUUCAGAAGCCUUUGAGAUGUGGUCUCCUGCUAGCACCAGACCUAGCGUUGAUAUAGGUGAUUUUUUCCUUCCUUUCCUUUCUUAGCAUUCUCCCCAUAUAUCCAGUUCUGGGUCAAAAAAAAAACCCAAAAAUACAGCAAACAAGUAAACAAAAACAACAAACUCAGAAACUUUAAAAUCUUUUGUGAUAUAGCGUGGAACUACUGUAGCAGUACUACAUGGAGUUUUAUUUUUCCUACUCCCCCCCACCCCCUCCCAGAGGAAAUGUCUGACAGUGGAAGGCACUCUGAUUGUCCUCAGAGUGAGAGGUUUCCGAAUUUUGGCCUAUUCUUGAAAUGGGAUCCUUUUGCUCUGAACAGAGCAAGCAGUGAGGUUAACACAAAUCUGGCUGUCCUGUCCCUUGAUGCUGGCCAGGAUCUGAGUAGCUGAUGGUAUCAUACGCCCCCGCACUCAAGCAGCUCCAUGAGGUGAAGAAAAGCAGUGUUUAUUUAACAAAGCUGAUUAUUUUCUUAUGAUAGCUAAUUGUUACUUUAUUAGACUUAUCUCCCCUCAUGCUGUGGAACUGCAAAUAGAUUUAAAUACCAUAUGUGCGUUCGUCCCUCAUAAUGAAAGUUAUUCUUCAUAGAUGGAUUUAUGCAUGAAUAUUUGCAGAUACUUAAGUGUUGCUGAAUCAAUUUAAUUACCUUGAUGCUUCAAUAUCAAAAAACUUAACUUUUUUUCUAUGCGCUAUACAAAUGCCUCCAAUAUGCAAUCAUGGAGUAUUUUAGCACUUUUUGCUUUAUCCAGGUGCUUUAGCUGCGCAUGAGUGAGGGAAGAGGUAGCAUUAGGAUUUGGAGCUGAUGUCUGUUCUCAGAGCUCAAUCGUGCUUAUUUUCUGGUAGCAUUUGAAAUGAAGGAUCGCAUCAAAGACAGCCAUAUCGCUAAGAGUUUAGGAGCCUAACAUUAAGCAUGUGGAGCAUUGUGUGAAGACACAAAUGCCUGAGUUAUACACCUACUGAACGAUUACAGUAACUAGAUAUGUAAUCUCUGAUAUUUUUAUGUAAUUGGGAAAGGUGCCGGAAUUAUUCCUAUUCAUACAGCUGACUUGAAAUUUGAAACAGUAAGACAGGAAUCCUCCUGUCAGAUGGUCUAAAAGACAACAAAGUAGCUGGAAAUACCUAUUAGCAGAAAAGGUACUUCUGCACAAGACAGGACAUACACUUGUUGAUCUUAAUAAGUGUUCAUAUAUUUAAUUAUAGACUCAGCACUGAGGGACAUGUUGCAGCAGUUUGGAUUCUGAUCAAAUGCUUUCCUGCAUCUCUCGUGUGGUUUUGGUGAUACUGGGCCAGUCUGUUGCAUUCUAGGAGUACCAGCUGGAAAACAUGGGAUCUGGUAGUUCUGUAAAUGCCAACUACAAGUACUCUCUACAGAAGUCUGAAAAUGCUUUCAAGGCAGCUGUUCUGAUCCAAAGAUGGUAUCGGCGCUAUGUUGCUCGCCUGGAAAUGCGCCGACGAUGCACUUGGAGAAUCUUUCAAUCCAUUGAGUACGCCUGUGAGCAGGAUCAGAUCAAGCUUCACAACUUCUUCAGUUACCUCAUGGACAACUUCACACCAAGCAGCAGUAAAGAAAGGGAUUUUAUCAGUCGCAUGUUCUUAAGUGGAGAAAGCUUCAAAGAGGCAGAGCUGGAGAAGUACUGCGACUACGAAUCCCUGGAGGUGCCAGACUCCUACACUGGACCCCAUCUCUCUUUCCCACUCCUUCCUGACCAUGCGACUGCCUUGCUGGAAGCUUUCAAACAAAAACAACAGCUCCAUGCUCGUUAUGUCUUAAACCUUCUACAUGAGACCAGGAAGCACCUCAAGCAAUUGCCAAACAUCAGUCAUGUCUCCACUUGCUAUAGUGAGGAGGUCACCGUGUGUGGAGACUUGCAUGGCCAGCUGGAUGACUUGUUCCUCAUAUUUUAUAAGAAUGGCCUUCCUUCCCCUUCUAAGUCCUACGUGUUCAACGGGGACUUUGUAGAUAGGGGCAAACAGUCCCUUGAGAUCCUCAUCAUCCUCUUCACCUUCCUCUUGAUAUAUCCAAAAGAAGUUCAUCUCAAUCGUGGGAACCAUGAAGACCACAUGGUCAACUUACGGUAUGGUUUCACCAAGGAAGUCAUGCAGAAAUACAAGUUGCAUGGGAAGAAAAUCCUGAAGAUGAUUCAGAAUGUAUUCUGCUGGCUACCCCUGGGCACCCUGAUUGAUCAGAAGGUCCUUGUUAUACACGGGGGCAUCUCUGAUACCACUGACCUGGACAUGCUUGAGAAAAUUCAAAGGAACAAAUUUAUUUCUGUAUUGAGAGGGAAGAAAAGAAAAGAGUCAAACAGAAAUGUGGAAAUAAAGGAGAUAAAUGGGGAGAACCAAGCAGAGCCUGAUCCAGCAGGGAACGAGACAACGCCCAGCUUACCAUCACAGCCCCGACCAGCCCAGGCUCCCAGCAUGGCCAACAGGCUGGAGUUCUCCAGGUGGGUCCGGCAGACAGUGCAGGAGCAAAUCGAGUGGUGCCGCAAGUUGGUGGACAUCAGUGAUUCAGAGGAGGAGGAGCUCACUUGCUCCAGUUUGGUCUCCUUAACAGAUUUGGAUGGGCCGUGCUGGACUCGCCAAGAGGAGUGGAAGCAGAUUUUAGACAUUCUCUGGAGUGACCCCAUGCCUCAGGAAGGAUGCAGAGAAAAUACAGUGCGAGGUGGUGGCUGCUACUUUGGGCCUGACGUGACAGGGAAGAUCCUUGAGAAGUACAACCUGCAGUUCCUCAUCCGCUCCCAUGAGUGCAAGCAAGAGGGCUAUGAGUUCUGUCACAACCGGAAGGUACUGACCAUAUUUUCAGCCUCAAACUAUUAUGAGAUUGGCAGCAACAGGGGAGCUUAUGUGAAGCUGGGGCCAGACUUGGUCCCCCAUUUUGUUCAGUACCAAGCAAACAAGACAGCCCACACCCUCACCAUGACCCAAAGAAUCAGCAGAGUAGAGGAGUCAGCCUUUCGAGCCCUGCGGGAAAAGCUGUUUGCUCACACCUCUGCCCUCAUCAGUGCAUUCAAGGUGUACGAUAAAGACAACACAGGAAAGAUCACGCUGAGCAACUGGGCGACGGCGGUGGAGUCAGUCUUGCGCCUGGGAUUGCCGUGGCGGAUGCUGAGACCACAGCUGGUGCGCAGCACAGCAGAUGGCAUGCUGGAGUACAAGUCCUGGCUUGAUGAUUUGGCCAUGGAGCAGCGGAGCCAAGAGCACAUCCAGUCAAGCCUGCUGGAAGUUAUCUAUCGAAACAGAUCCAACCUGGAGACCAUAUUCAGGAUCAUAGAUAGAGAUCAUUCAGGUCUCAUCUCAUUUGAGGAGUUCCACCAAACCUGGAAGCUAUUCAGCUCCCACAUGAACAUUGAACUCACAGAUGAUGGCAUCAAUGACUUAGUUCGCAGCAUUGAUUUCAAUAAAGAUGGAAACAUUGACUUCAACGAGUUCCUAGAAGCCUUCCGCCUUGUCAAACAGUCCCAGUAGUGAGAACCCAGGGUGGAUCAUCACAUCCAAUGCCUUGUCUGCCACACCAGAAGGACUGCUUCCUACCUAACUGCAGAGCAUGCCCGCAGCCACAAAACAGGGAGAGGGAAAACAGGUUCCUGGUGCUCUUCAUGGAAGACAGGGACUACCCAGCCAAAAGCUGUGAUCCAUUUUGGGAAGGUAAUGGUAAAAUAUCAGAUAAGCUGCACUUCUUCUAUGACUGCAUUUUAAAAGGGGCUUUGUUAUAAAUAGAAAACCCUGCUCAAAGGGAGAUACAAGUUAAUUUCUCUCGUCAGUGCACAUCAUGAAACCCUACCAGCCUAUUCAAGUUGAGUAAAAUUAAAGGUAUUUCUUGGAGGCACUGCUUUUCUAAGUAGCAAUUGCUAGAGCACAACCUUCUUUAAUAAUAAACAUUUUUCUAGAUGUCUUGUUCUGGGCUGUUCAUCAUGCCUUCUCUCUUUUUUCAGUUCUGCUAGUAACAGUGCUAUUUCUGUGAUAAUAUCUAUUUGUCCCAUUCUUUUGCUUCAGUAAGAUGUAGCUACUAAAAAUAUGCAGUGGAGCAACACUUAGAAAAAAUAAACUACCAUCACCUCACAUGUGCAAAACAGUCUCUCAAAUCUGCUGAGGGUACCUUUUGCUACUGACUACAGCCCAACAAAAACAAUGCUGCUGUAUGCUUGAGGUCAUUCAUUUUUAAAGCAUGAUGCAACUGAAGCAUAAAAAGCAGUGAGGGAAUGUUUAAAUUUUUAAAGUGCAAAUAAAACAAACUCUUUCUCUCAUACCUGCAGCAGAGUCAUUCCAGCGGGGGUGCUAUGGCCUUUGUAAUCUACUUGUUGGUUAAUGAACAAAAUUCUGUCUGUAAGGUGAGUUCUAAAUCUAAGUGCUUUAUGCUGUACAACCUCCUCCUUUCAGUUAUUUUCUGUGACAUGAGGCAAUGUGAGGACAGAAAAGGUGGUUCUCCAGUGCCUCUAGUACCACUUUCCAGUACUUAGUGGCAGGUAGGAUCUAAGGGGCAUGACCUUGUAUUUUAGUCUGGGGACUGAAGCUGCUAAGGAGGGCUGUGGCAUCACACUGAAUAGCUUGUUCCAUGCAGUGCCUAGAGGAAGUGAAAUGCAUUAACCAGGCCUUGCUGGAAGCUUCACAGCUUUACUGACAUAGCUGAAAAGGAGGCAACAUCAUGCACAGUUAUUACAAAGUCAAACUGAAUUUAUUAUUCUCCAGAAAUUCAAAUUAAAAAAAAAAAGCAGAAGACAACAUCUAGACACUUGGUUGUUAGCUGAGGGGCAGAAAAGCACUGUAAAAUUCACGUAUGUAAAAAGUCCAAAGGAAGGGCAGACCCUGGAAAUGCCCCAGAAAACUACCAGUAUUACAGAGACCAACAUAGUUCAGACAUUUCUGUAAAGAUUU